UACAGGUAAGAUAUUACUCCUAUUACUUUUACAGGUAAGAUAUUACUCCUAUUACUUUUACAGGUAAGAUAUUACUCCUAUUACUUUUACAGGUAAGAUAUUACUCCUAUUACUUUUACAGGUAAGACAUUACUCCUAUUACUUUUACAGGUAAGACAUUACUCCUAUUACUUUUACAGGUAAGAUAUUACUCCUAUUACUUUUACAGAAAUAAAGAGGUACAUAUCAGAACCACUCCAAAAUGGCAGAGUCAGCCGAGGCCGUGGUCGCUAACCUGAGCAGCAAGAGGAAUGUCACCAUUGAGAUCACCAAUCUCACAAGCAAUUACUGUCUCAUAAACCCAAAGGUAUUCCUGGAGAGUGGGGAAACCUACAACCCUCCCCAACCCACAGUGCGGCCCCUAAAGAUCGAAGUCUGCACAUUCAGCAAAUCAAGCGCCAAGGCAACAGGCAGCUAUGGCGUUCUGACCUAUGACCUCUUUGAGAGGUCCCGGAACGACUCCAUCGAGACAGUGGCCCUCAUGUUCGGUGUGCCCUGGGACUACAACAUCUACAAGAACUGGUUCGCCGCGGGCAUCUUCAACAAGGGCCGAGCCUGUGAUGCGUCACUGUAUAAAGAGAUGUACAACGAAAAGGACCAGAAAGGUUUCAUAAGAGAAGAAGCCAAUGGCUCAGGGAUCAGCUAUGAAGGGAACUACCUGGACAUCAAGGCCACCAUGUCCCCCAUGGGCAGGGCCAUCAUGAAGGUGGAGGUAUGGGACAAGCUGUUCACUCCCAGCCAGCAGGCCCACUAAGGGGAACCUCCAGCCUCCACCCUCUCCACCAGCACUACAGAAUACCUCUGCUGUGUUGUACCUCUGUAACCAAUCCCUCCACCAUUAGAUAUUACUCUCCUGCCGUACUGCUACUGUUUGUAUGUUUUGUUGCUGACAUGUCUGAAUUUCAAGGCAUCGCCUUUCAGUAAAUCUGCUUAAGAUCACAGUUUAGUUUGCUUAUGAAUCCAGGCAGAAGCGAUAGCUGCUCUUUUCUGUAGAGAUCACUGUUCUGUUCAUCUCUCAGUAGCAUCCUCUUUCAACUGGCAUCUUCUCUAGAAAUGUAAAUCAAACAAUGACUCACCGGAGGACGAGGGUGCAUACCUUACUUAACAACACAUGGCCAGGAGCUGUCUUUGUCUGUAUCUACUGAUGGCAAUGCUAGUCUAUGGAAUAAAUGUUGUUGUUUUGCUAAAGCUA